GUGGAAAUGUCUAUUGCGUUUAAUGUCUAGUUUUUAUUUUAUUUAUAGAUUAUCGGAUUCUAUUUGAAAUGUAACUUGUUUUAAACUAAAUAUAGUUUGCAAUGAACUGUGGAGUUUUCUUUUACAUUUUUUUCCGAAGUUGAAGUGGUUAUGUUUGUCUUAUGUGCAAUGAAUCUUAUUUUAUUUUGUCAUUAGUGCAAUGUUCAGUUAAAUUUUAAAGACAGUAUCAGUGCAUUUAUCCGUAACAGCGUAAUUUUGAUGUUCCACUACCAACUUAUUCCAAUUAUUGAAAAUGGAUGAGAGGAAAGUGGUUGACUACUUUGUUGUGGCUGGGUUGCCUUCUGAUAUGCAACCUGUAAAUGAGUUCUCAAUUGAUGGAGCUCAUUUAAAAUCUACACAUAGUCAAGCCCCUAUUACUGAUAUUACAGUUAUUUUCCCAUCUUUAGGGGAAGGAAUACCAGAAGGUUAUACUCUUAUCCAGUAUACCCCUACAGGUAUUUUAGCAGAUUUAAAUCAUGGAAGUUUAAGGAGUCCAGAAGUGUUUUUGUGUUACCGGAGGGGGAGAGAUAAACCACCUUUAGUAGAUAUUGGGGUUAUGCAUGAAGGCAAGGAGUAUAUUCUUCCUGAUUCUGAAGUUGUGAGAGAAACAUUAACUAAAAAAUGUGCUAAUGUAAAUAAUUCAGCUGCAAAAACAUUCUUGACAUAUAGAAGGGCCCAGUCUAGUAUGCCUUGUAACUCAUUAGUUGUUACAGAUAUAGCUGUGAUAAUUACUUCAAAAGGAGAAACAGCUCCUCAUGCGUUUUGUAUGAUCAAAAAGAAUUUAAACAAGGGAUUGGUGGGAUCUGAUGUUUUUUUAUGUUAUAAAAAGUCUAUGAACAGGGCCAAUUUAAUUACUUAUAAGCCAGGAAUACUCCUAAGGUAUCCUUUUGAAGAUCAUUCAAAUUUACCUUUACCUACCACUGUCCCAAUGUUCUGUUUACCAAUGGGAUGUUCAUUAGAAAAGUGGCCAGUAACAGCUCAACAACCUCCACCGUUGGUAUCUACAUUUGUUUUGACUGUAUCUGAUGCUGCUGAAAAGCUUUAUGGAUCAGCAGUAACUUUUUAUGAACGAUAUCCUGCUGAGAACUUGACACCAGAGCAGAAACAAGCCUUGGGAGCUUGUGAUGAUUCAGAAGAUCAGUGGACAUACAAUAUAAAUAAAUGUAUCUGUUUAUUAUCACGAUGGCCAUUUUUUGACACUUAUGAAAAAUUUUUGCUGUUUCUACAUGAAAUAUCAUGUAGCAAUGAACCUCAACCAGUUCCAAUCGAAAGAUUUAUUACAUAUUUUCUUGAGGAUGUCCCGUUUCCAUCUCCUCAGCGCCCUCGUAUUUUUGUCCAGUUGUCUCUCUCAUACCGGGUUAUAUUAACUCAGCCUGAAGACCUUCCUUUACCCCGCAGCGGUGCGAGUUUUCGACAGCUUCUAAUGAACCUUGGACCAGAAAACUGUUUAGCUAUUUUGUUAUGUGCAUUGACUGAACAAAAAAUGCUAGUCCACUCUUUGAGGCCUGAUGUUCUGACAUCUGUUGCUGAAGCAAUAUCAACUAUAAUGUUUCCGUUUAAAUGGCAAUGUCCUUAUAUACCAUUAUGUCCCCUUGGCUUGGCUGAAGUUUUGCAUGCACCUUUACCAUUUUUAAUUGGCGUCGAUUCUAGAUUUUUCGAUUUAUAUGAUCCACCAACUGAUGUUAGCUGUGUUGAUUUGGAUACCAAUAACAUUACACUAUGUGAAGAAAAGAAAAAUUUGAGUACGAAGAUACUUCCAAAAAAAGCUUCUCGAGCAUUAAAAUCUACUUUGGAACUUUUAUACAAGAAGUUGUUGUUAUUUAUUCAGCAAGUUAUGAGUAAAGAGGAAGAAACUGUUGCAGAUAAUGAUUCUAUCGAUAAGGAAUUUCAAAUAAAAAAGAAAGAACAAGCUCUUGAACUGGAAAUUCAAGAAGCAUUUAUUCGUUUUAUGGCUAAUGUACUGAAAGGUUACCGUAGCUAUUUGCUUCCAAUUACAAAAGCUCCUACGGUUGGAACAACUGAUACGAAUUCAUUAUUUGACUUGCAAGGUUUUUUAAGAUCACGUGAUAAAGCACAUUUUAAAUUUUUUUCUCUCGUUACCAAAACACAAAUGUUCAUCCGAUUUAUUGAAGAAAGGUCUUUCGUAUCUGAUAUGGACGCUAGUCUUGCCUUUUUCGACGAAUGUACUGAAAAAGUUGACAAUGAAGAUGAAAGUGUUCAUCUGCUGGAGGUUGAUGAGUCUCAUUAUAGUGAGAGAACCGUUUUCAUAAUGCCUCCAGAAACUACAGGCCAGUUGUAUGUCUAUGAGGGUUUCAAUCUCAAUCCAAAACUUCUUAGUCAUUACGAUAAGAAGAAUCAUAUGUUAGAUGUAGGUAAAUCCAAAGGGCCUGGAGGACGUCUUAGUGGAAGUGGAAUAGCUCCUGGAAGCCCAAUGGCACGGAGAACUAAGCAUGAAAUAAAGCUCUCUCAACGGAUUGCUCGCCAGUGUUCUGCUUCUCCUAAUCUCUGGGCUAAGUGUCUUGUCGGAACUUGUUUUAGUAUUUGGUUCAUUCAUUUACCAAGCUAUGUUCUUACUACCCAGAAUCCGCCAGCUACAUUGCGUUAUGCUUAUGAUUUGCUCGUGAAGAUUCAUAAGAGUAAUAUUCUUCCUACAGAUGAGGUUUGUUACCGUGUAAUGAUGCAACUGUGUGGAGCCUACAGUCAGCCAGUUGUAGCUGUAAAACUACUGUUUCAUAUGAAACGGGCUGGUCUUCAGCCAAAUGCUAUAACCUAUGGUUUUUAUAACAGAGCUGUUUUAGAGGCUACCUGGCCUUCUGGAAUGAGUAAUUCAAGCCAGCUAUUAUGGAACAAAUUAAGGAAUGUGAUUAAAGGAGCAGCAUUGUUUAAGAAAGCUGGCAUAACUGCUGGAAAAAGGAGGUUGUCAGUGGCAGCUGAAGAGAAUUCUACACUUUUUGAUCCUGUCGCUAACAGUGGUUCUAGAACAUCCAUCGACAGUUCCGAAAGUCUAUAUCAAAAAAUAAAUGACAUUUUAAAGGAGGAGGAUUCUGUAGGAAAUGAUGCUUCUUCACGAAGAAAUUUAGAGAAGACUGGAGAAGUAAUUACUGAGUGUGAAAACAAUGUGACUAAUUGUGAAGGAUUUGCUGUGUUUGACAAGUUUCGUUCCUGCCGAGGCAGUAUUGUUAGACCUGCUGUAUUACCUCUUCUCAAUCCUUCAUCUACAUUCAAACAACCUCCAUUCGAAAGUAGUGCUGGUCUUUUGAUAACUGGAGUUGGUGGUCCAUUAAAAGAAGAGAACUUAGAGAUUGAUCAGUUAGAUUCACCUGUCGGGGUACCUCCCUUGAACAGGCGCUAUUAUCGCAGUGGAUCUUGUUCUGAAUUUACUCAUAAUCAACUUCGCCAUACGCCAACAAGUCCUAAACCACCUUCUAGCAAUGAUAAUAGUUAUAAAAUGCUUAUAAGAUCUGAAAGUUUUGCGAAUGAUGCUGGUAUAUUAGAAAAAUUACAUUCGCUCAAGAAAGAAAUGCCUCCAACUAUAAAGUCAGGAGAUUCUAUGAAACCUAAACUUCCGAAAAGUGUAAGCAAAAAUGGCCAGUCCAACCUUUCUAACAGAAGAGGCAGUUUGAAUCUUCGGAAGAUGAAAGAAUUUUCUAUGGCCAUUUCUGAUAGUUGUGAAUCGUCAACUGAAAACUUAGGCAGUCUUGGAGGAGGUAGUGUUGAAGAAAUUAAUGGCAUAAUCACUCCGAAGAGGCAUAAAAUACUGAAUCCUUUCGGUUCCCGCCUACAGAAAACAUCAAGUGAAAACGUCAGUAUGAAAAAUGGGCCUACUAAAUUUGGUAGCAUGACUCAAGUGAAAAGUGAUAGUAAUUUGAACCGGUCUCCUGUUAAAAGUCCGAGUAGGACUCCUGUUACCGAAAAUGAUCCCUUAGGUGCUCUAUUAGCUGACGACAACUAUCAAGAAGAAACUAACAUUAAAUGUGAAGUAGUUCGGACAAAGUCUGAAAUAGAACUCGAUCAGUCCGGCAAUCCAGUUCUGUUUGAUAGACGGUUAGGGGAUUGGGGUUCUUUUGUGCGUAGUGCGACCUUCACUAACCAGGAGGACUCUGAAGAAGAAACUGAACCAAGGACUAAAUCUCUUCACAGAUCUUCGACCAUGCCAGCUGAGAACCCUCCAGUGCAAUCAACUUUUACCAACUUUAAGUUACCAUUCACCCGAUAUUCCCCUGGAAGAUUUAGUCUUCGCAAAGCCACUGAUAUUAGGAUCAGCACCCAGAUGAUUGAGAGUGCUAUUACAAGUCUCAGUCCCAGCAGUUUAACUUCGAAGAAGUCUAAUGAGCUUCUUAUGGGUGGCUUAAGCAGUCUCAAAUCUGCUGCAAAUUCAGUAGCGAAAAAAUUUGAUGAGAUUAAGGAAGCUAUAUCAGCAAAUAGUACUCCAGUUAAAGCUGGCAGCCAGAGAAGCACUCUUGAGAGAGAUGCCUGCUUGUAUGAAGAUGAAAGCGAAUAUGGUGAUGAAGUAACAAGUGGUAGGAGAAAAAUCUCUUCAGAAUUUUCACCUUUGAACAUUGGGCAACAUCCAGACAUCUCCUGGGGAAGUAACAUUAUGGAUUGGUUUAGUGAUGGUAGUCGAAAAGGCAGUACAACCAAUCUAGGUGAAAGCGGACCAUGGGCCUCUCAGUUAUGUAUCCAUUUGCCAAAACAGCAAAGGGAUCCUUCGACCCCAAUUGCCCUUCAGGUCACCAUGACCACCUGCUCCAAAUGCCACAACUGCUCUUGUAUUCUCUACGAUGAGGAGAUAAUGGCCGGUUGGAUCCCAGAAGAUUCGAACCUCAAUACGAAGUGUCAGUUCUGUGAUAAAGCAACAGUGCCAUUGCUUUCUGUCACCGUUACAGACUUUAGGAACUCUCCAAUGCCAUCUGUAGAAUCAGAAAGAAAAAUAUCAACUGUCUCUUUAGGUUCUAACAAAACAAGUUUAUUAGAAAAUUCUUUUAAUGGUUCAAAAGACAAAUCAGAACCUCAAACUUGUGAACCGAUAACUGUGCCUUAUUUGAAUCCUCUAGUUCUGAGGAAAGAAUUUGAAUCCAUAUUGGCUGCUGAAGGUGAUACAUGCCUCACUCAGCCAAAGUUUGUCGACGAACAUCCAAUAAUAUACUGGAAUAUGGUUUGGAUGUUCACAAGAAUUGGAGUUGAAUCUCAUCUACCAGGUCUUGCUCUAGGAAGUGCCAUUGUUUCUGCAACCCCAGAUCAUUCUUGGGAUUCAGCCAAUUCAUCAAAUGUUCUAAUCUCAACAAUGUGGCAUAAUGCUCGCCUUCAUGAUGAGGUUGGUCAACCAAUGUACAUAUCCUGGAAUGACGACAAGGAACAAAGUUCACUUGUAAGUGCUUUAGUAACCGACAGAACAUCAGUUCCGAAAAGUGUCAUGCAAAAGGUUAUAUCUUGUCUUCAGUGUUGUAAUUUAAGUGAACCUCUUAAAUUCUUGGCUGUAGAAAGACAAAAACUGAAAGGCCGUGGACAUUCAUUAUACCGAGAAAUAUUAUUUCUUGGAAUUACUGCUCUCGGCAAAGAAAAUAUUGAUCUAGCUGCAUAUGAUCGUGAAUAUAUAGCAGCUUAUGACAAAUUACCAGAGAAGGAUCCAAAGCUCUACCUUAGAUGUGAUCAACCACCAACGAUUGCAUCGAUGUUCUGCCGCCAGUACUUUCGAUCUUUGGAAUUGUGACCCAUGACAUCGAGUUCAUUAUUAUAGCAUACCGUCCAAAACAGUAAUUCAUCCUCUCACAAGUGCUUUAUUAGUUAUUAGUUAGUUUUAAUUAAGUUAUGUGUUGUGACCAAGCCUAUAUGACUAUUUAAAUAAGAGACGAUUACAUUGUGUAAUAUGAAAUUUAUAUACAUGAAUUAAUGUAUAUACAUAUAUUUAAAAAACAGAAUCAGAUAAUGUGAAUGUUACAUUUUAUAAAUAAUGGUUUUGUCAAUUAGAAAGGCCAUUUAAAUGAUAUACUGUAAAUGUGUAUAUGUAUAUAUUAUUAUAAAUACAUAUUUUAUUUUUUGUUGUUUGUUAACACUACUUAUCCUAUAAUGGUAGUGCAUGGGUUCUCGAACUGAUGGCUUCAUAAUUUAGAACUCAUGAUUCGGCUGUUAGUGUAUCUAUUGUUGUAUUGACCAUAUCAAGUGUUUAUAAAAGAGAAUUGUAUAUUUGUGUAUAGUAAGUUGCAAUUUAAAAGUUCAUUGAUAUUUAUUUUAUUUACUUUCCUCUGUUUAGUUUUUAAAAAGUUAAAAGUUAAUUAUUUUGUUGAUAAACUGUUUUAUCCUCUAAGUUGUAAUUAAAAUCAAAAUUAAAACGUUUUUAUGAAGUGUUAAUCUUAAAAUUGUAAAUAUUUUUUCUAUUAUUGUUUUAAAUUGAUUUUAUUGUUAUAUAUAUUUUAGGUUGAAAUGCCUUAAUUUUGUGAUAAAACUGCUCAAUUAAGCAUCUUAAAAAGAAUGAAGCACUACUGUCAUAGGAAUAUAGUUUAAUUUUAAAACCAAGUUAUGUCCAAUAGUUUAUUAUAUUGUUGCUUGUAUAAUUGUGUAAAAUCUAUUUUAUAUUUUGAGCCUAGAAAUAAAUUAUUAUUG